AUGGAGACUGUGAUCUUUAGAAGAAUUGUGUUGAUGGUGAUGAUGACUUCAAUGAUGGUAAACAUGGCAAAAUCGGAAUUGCACUAUGUUGGAGGAAACAAGUUUAGUUGGGCUCCUAAUGUUAAUUUGACACAAUGGUCAAUGCACCAACAUUUUUAUGUGCAUGAUUGGCUAUAUUUUGGAUAUGACAGGCACAUGCAAAAUGUGUUGGAAGUGAAUAAGACAAGCUAUGAGAACUGCAUAGACAAAGAUUUCAUUAAGAACAUAACAAAGGGAGGUGGAAAAGAUGUCAUUGAACUGAAAGAAGUGAAGACCUAUUACUUCUUGAGUUCAUGUGGUUUCUGUUGGAAUGGUUUAAAAAUUGCAAUUAAUGUUGAAAAUGCUGCACCAAGUUCAUCACCAGGACAUAAUAAAUCUUCAUCUUGUACCAUUGGUAUCAACCAAAAUCUUGUGAUCCUCCUAAUAUUGAUGUGGGGCAUCAUCAUCUUUAAAUGA